AUCCUGACGCACUAACAACAAUAAUACAAGAUGUCGGCGGCUGAGGGAGAACUAGAAACACUCGCCCGAGACAGACCUGUGGGACCCGGGGAAGAAGGGCCCGGAGCCGGGGGACCCGGGGGAGAAGGGCCCGGAGCCGGGGCGCCCGGGGGAGAGGGGCCCGGAGCCGGGGCGCCCGGGGGAGAGGGGCCCGGAGCCGGGGGAGAGGGGCCUGGAAACGGGCGAUUGGGGCCUGCUGGCGAGGGGCUUGGGAGAACGAGACUGGAAACUGGCGAGCUAGGUAGAGGAGGACUCGGACCCUGGGCAGAAGGUUCGGGCCCUGGGCUGGAGAGAUUGGGGAGAGAGGGAGGGGGGGAAGGUUGGUCUUCAGCCCCGGGUGACGGUGCGGAUGUGCAGCGGAUUGAGGAGCUCUGGCGGCGGCUACUGUGUCGAUGUGAGCCGGCCCUGAUCUACCUGCAGAGCUUGUUGGUGUGGGAGCGGCCGCUACAAAGCGGCCUGAUGCUGCUCGGCCUCUCCGGCCUCUUCUGGUUGUUUUCCUCUACUUCGCUGCGUCCAAUCUUCCUGAUUAGCUUGUCGGCGCUGGCCACUGUAUUCCUGGACAAUUGGAAGAGCGAGUUGUUACCCCAUGUUGCUGUCCAGCGCCUCAUGGAUGAAGGUGAGAGUGAUGGAAACUCCAUAAGGCCUCGUCUCCUCAGGCUGCCUGAUCUUUGCCACUAUCUUGCUGAAAGCUGUGUGGCCUUUAACGUCUACCUGAAGGAAGUUCUGGAGUACAAGAAACAGAACCCAGGCAAGUUCUGUUUGAAGAUGUGUCUUGGAUGCUCAGCAUUGGCUGCGAUUGGACAUUAUAUCCCAGGAAUCAUGAUAUCCUACAUCUUCAGUGAGUAUGUUCAUUCUGAAACCAGAUGA